CUCGGAUGUGUUGCGACGCGUCGCAACACGGUCACAUGACUGACGCGUUGACAUUCCCACGGUUGAAUGUCGCGCCCGCGCCCUUUCCGUGCUCGUUCUGCUCGCAACGUUCGCUCAUCUCCGACACUGACCUGCUCGAACGAGCAGUCGCAAACUCGACAGUGCACCUUUAGACCCUCACUCGCCUGUGCUCACCACCGUGCAACAUCUCAUGGCCUCAGAACUCAGUUUACGUCACUUUCCAGAAGUCUCAGAGACGUCGAUGAUACCCGAGAUGUCUGAGGCAUCAUUCCAGAUCCCUCAUGCUACAGGAGGCUCGUCAGCCGACCUAUUGAUGGGGGAUGCCAGCAUGGAUCUCCUCCACGGCGCGGACUACACCUUCGCCAGCCCCGUAUCGCCGACGAGGCCGCUUAGAGUGCGCAAGAACUCGACAGACAUGCCCGAGAGCACACCCAGGCGCAAAGCAGUAAGAUCCACUCCACUUCGAACGUACGCUCUACGUCCGAGGCCUGGACGGACACCAAGCGGGGCGACCCCACUUCGAGCAGUCGUAGGAACGGAUAUGACUCCUGCCGCCGGAACUUCUUCUAUCUUCGGAAGCGAGGAAGCAUCGUUUCAGAUUCCCGUCGCCGCAAGAGAAGGGCAGAGUAUGUUGCUCAACACCAUUGGAGAAUCGUUCCAGAUGGCUUCUGUGACGAGAGGAGACGAUCCGCAAUUGAAUGAUGAUGGGGAGUCAUUCCAAAUUCCUAUCUCGCCGCGAAAAGGAUACAAAUUACUACUCAACGGCGAAGGAGAAUCAUUCCGAAUCCCCUUCGCUGGAAAUGAGAACGACACGCGGCCGCAUUACGAUGGCGGCGCCAUAGAUGCCACAUUCGCCACCGCGAACAUGCCAUCACCAGCAAGCACGAUAUCGCCUCUGCGCCAGCUGACGUCUAAGCCGACUUCUGCGCCGCUUACACCUGCAGAAGCCAUUGCAGCUGAUGAGGCGGUGCCCCAACAAUCUAGCACUGAAGGGGUUACUAGUCUGCGUGAUGCGAACAAUUUAGAGAUAGAGUGUACAGUGGAGCAGCCCCCUCGUGUUGAGGGCUCCCAGCCAGCUCCCAUUCCCAUUCCCACAGGUACAGCCGUCAAACCUUCGGCAGCCUCGGCAGAGCUGUCGGAUGCGCUGCCGCGUGUUGACAAGGCAAGACGGAAAAAACCAACGGUCAUCGGAGGCGGCAUCACAAAAGCCGGAAAGCCACGGGCGCAGGUCUUUACGCUUAAACACGUACUAUCGACUGCCAAGACCGGGCAAGCGGGGGGAACUGAUCAGCGUCUGCAAAUAGAGCCAUCUUCCGAGGUUCCUGACAGCAGAGCAGGAGAGUCUAAGAAGAAUCCCCAGUCGAAUGGAAGUAUUCCAAGCGGUAGUGCCCCAGUUCAUGGCAUCACUGCUGGAGGACUAGCAAGCACUCUGAUCUCGUUUGGCCAGAAAUAUAUCAAGAACCUUACAAAGACGGAAUUUUCCGACCGAGUCAGGACACACGCUCCUGUCAAGAAAGAUGUAUCGGCACGAACGACACCCCAUGAUACGGACGUAACCCAGGGGCAGCCUUCCGGAAGUUCAUCUGCGGAGGCGUAUCGCGAUGCGGAUCGCGAUGGGCCGCUUACUCUGUCGCAGCUCUCCAGACCGUCAGACGCCCCAGCACCGACAGAGACCCGACAGCUGCGAUCUCGCACAUCGGGCGUGGCCAGCGCCAGACCGCCGCCGUCGCCUGUAUCACCGCCGCUCAAGCGGCCGCGAUCGCCAUCAACCUCGGCCGCUUCGCGAGGAGAGAAUAAGCGGAGCAGGACAAGCUCCAGCGGGGUCGUCGCCGCAGCCUCGCGUCAGGGCACGAGCGACUCUAGUGCGCAUGCGUUGCGCCGGUCGAGGGUGCGGACUGCAGAGGCGCCAGCAGCAGUUGUGUCUGGAGGCUCGCAUGUGCGAGAGGCGUCCGCGGAUCUGCAUGCGAAGAGGGUUCUCAAUAGGUCCGGAACUUCGAGUUCGGGCUCUCGAUCAGCUAUUGAGCAGGAGAAAAAGAAGAGCGCGAGCAGGAGACAGCUGACGCGAACGCGUACUGGACUUGCUAAUUCGAGAAGUACGGACAGAUCAGAGGACUUGCACGCCUCGCAGAAGGAGAAUGCUCCGGGUGGGAAGCAGCACCCGGGCCACGGACACGCGCGCAAAGCUAGUCAGGAGCUACAUUUCAAUAGGCCGGUGAGUCGGUGUUUGCUUCUACGGUUCUUGUCUUUGUUACAAACGCUCACUUCACCUGCUCGCCGUCACUCUAUCACAUCAACGUCAAUUUUGCUGGUCUCUGGCUGGCCAGGCGCUCCCCGCGGCGAAGGCAACGAAACCGAUCGAGUUUCAUUUCCACUCUGACGCGCGAAUAGAAGCGCGUAAGGCCGAGCUCGGGAACUCGAGCGGCAUGCAGACACGAUCGCGAUCACAUGCCCGCUUAGCGAUUCCUGACUUUAAGGCGAUGCACGCUGCGCAAGAGACGGCCUUGGCAGUGCGGCGCGAGCAGAUCGUGCCUGUGCUCCCCGUGGGGCUUGAGCUGCACACUGACGCGCGCGCGCGCGAGCGGGAGAGGUUUGACGAGGCACGGCGGGAGCGGGAGCGCGAAGUCGAGCA